UAAGCGACAUUGUUUAGACCAGCUGAUCAAAAACAGUUCCAUCAAGGUGUUAAUGACGUUGUUGCAGAAUUAUCUGAAGUCGACCGAGGCGAAGACGAUGAUUAAAACAACAAUAAACGUCUAUGAACAAGCGAAGUACUGUUGUCAAAGCCUUCGGUGUAUUCACUUAUUCUUGUUGACACUCAACAUACUGUGAACAAGUGCUCUAAAAUUAUCUCGAGUUUCAACGGAGACUUUUCUCCGAGACUUUCGGAAAACACCCAGUAAUUUACGUUGAUCCAUUGCUGAUUAGUGAACCCGGCUGCCAUCCUAUUGUUUCAACAUGGAGAAGCAGAAGCAACGACAGAAAAAGAAACGGGAAAAGCAACGUCACUCGAUCCUGGAACAUCAGAUACCAGAUGCUCCAACGCUGGAAGAAUUCGAAUGCUUGCUCGGGGAAUCACCCACAAAUUAUCCCAAGGGCGAAGGUGUGGAGAAUAUGGAAAGUGAGUUGCACUCAGCGGCUAUUGAUACUGAUGUUUACGAAAAGGAGAUUGCUGAGCAAGCAGCUCAUGAAAACGAGUGCAGUCUGCAAGUAGAAACAACCAGCAAGAUACUGCCAUUACAUGAAAAUACCCGCGACGAAGUUGACACUAUCCUACCUCUCUCAGUGACAGACAAUACCUUGAAUAAUCAAAUAGAGCAAGUUCAGGUAAGUGUCACCACAAUUCAACUAGUUGAUAUCCCAUCAACUGCCACUGAGGAGCCCAAGCAAGCAGUACAAGUCACUGAAGACCUAAACGUGAAGAUUCCGUGUCAGAAGCAGGCAGAGGCUCUAGAAAUCAAGAAGGACGCGCAGAAUGCUUUCAAGGAGGUCAAACCAUUCACAGAACAGCAACUGGCAUCUUUGUACAGUAAUCAAGAAUUGUCACUGGUGGACAUAUUUGUGAACGAGUUCACGGAGACGCAGCUGAGAUGCGGGCCGCUUAGGCAGCAGCACAGGUUGCACGAGCUAUUGAUGGGUUACCUGAGAGUGAGGAAUCACUUCAUCGCGAAUUCGUAUGAGCUGGAUCGCUUGAAGAAGAACUGCCGGGAGACUCAGAAGCAACUCUGGUACCUGGAGAAGACCUCGAUGACGGAGAGCGGCGAAUGCCAGGACGGCAAUCCAGUUGCCGCCAGCCAUGAGUACGCGAUCGCCCACUUCAACCAGCAGACUCUGGUCGCGCUCUCUAGAACUUUGACGGCCAUUAAGGACGCUCUGCACAAUAGCCAGGCAUUGUAUUGUUACGAGGCGGAAUCUUUGCGCCUGCAGAUCGAGCAUUACGUGCAACGAGUCGCCCGGAGUUUCAGCGAGUUCGCCAGCCUUCCGCAGACAGGUCCGGCGAAUCUCCUGCCGGAGCAAUCACCGUCACAGACGGCUCCGCAGCUGGUGGAGCUCAGGAUGUGCGUGACGAUUUUGUUCAACUUCCAGCGGCGAGUCCUCAAAGAUGGAAAGUUCGUCACAGACACGAGAGAGUGGCUGUCGAAGCUGGUGGCGAUCCUCCUGAGGGUCGCCACAUGGCAGGAUCAUUUGUUUUUACUGAACCACAUCUUACGGUGUCCUGGCGGCGUAAUGAAUUGGGCCAAGUCGUUCGUGCAAGCACCAGUGCGCCCGAAAGUGACGGGAUUGUGCUCCUCGCCGUUCAGUGAUCCAUAUCUCGAUCACAUGAUCGCCACUCUCGCAGUGAUCCUGUUGCCGAUCAAAGAACGGGAUAAAUUCCUGGAGCAGGUACAGGUAUCCUUGCAGGAUACUUCGAGUAGUCCAGGCGACACGGUAUGGGUGAUGUUAGACGAAGAAGGCGAGGAAGAUGAGGACAUCGCCAAUAUUGGCGCUAACCUGUUUGAGAGCGACUUGAUUUCCCUUCUUCAUCAGAUUCCGCUAGACAAGCUCUUCCAGCAAGUGCUUUUUAUACAGCGUCAGAAUAACAGAUAUCAUCAGGAGGAAAACGCUAUCACAGACCAUCACAUGCUACGUCUCUUCGCAUUCUACACGACACUCGUCAAACUCCUCAAACAGGGUCUGAAGACUUACGACUCGCCAAGAUACAGGCAGUUGGCGAAGAGGCUCAGCGCCCUAAUUAGAGACGUCGUUCAGUAUGCCAGCGAUCAGUGGGAAAUAUUCGACAGGAGCAAGGUAAUUGAUGAGUCAAUGCUGCUGAAACUGCAAACCGAGUACGAUUGCUUCUUCGUAAGAGCGAUCCUCUGCAUCUUCUCGUCGCGACGUUUAGGUGCUUGGCAGUACCUCGCCGCGAUACCAUAUCACAUUAUAUCGUCCUCCACCCUAUGGCACAUCUUCUAUAUUCUACACACCGAUUCUGUACCUGGCGACGCAGCAGUAUUGAAUAUGUCGGCUGCUGAUUGGGAGGCUGAGUUAAGCUGCCCUCAACUUCAUAAUCAGUUCGAGGAGAAGCUGUGCGACAUGCCCGGUGACGAGUCCUAUUUUCUGCUAACUACCUUCGCUAACAUGGCCAUAGCAAGAGGCUACCAGGACUACGAUUUCGUAAGAACAACCACGAUUGAUCUGUUCCAAAUUGGAUUUCUCAGUGAGAAGACUCAAGAGUCCUGUUCGAAGGACGCGAGAUCACUUUUAUCGAACCUGACGAGCAAAUAUCCUACUCUCUUAUCUGACAUAUUGCGUAAAUUGAAGGAUAAUUUCGUAUCAGUUGGAAAGCGAAGCUUAUAUUUAUUCACCGAACUGAAAAUAGGGAUGUGGGUGCCACAGCAGCAAGACAUGGAAAUCCUAUCUAUUUGGCUGCAUCAACAUCCUUUAACUUCGUCCGAGAGCCAUUUGGCUCGAUUGAUCCUUACACAUUUAAAUUGGGCCUUCGAUGAAAAGGACAGUUUGUUUCUUCCGAUUCAUCUACACCGACAAGUAGCGUUGCUGAUUGUCGAGCUUGUGAUCAAAUAUACGCCUGACAAUCCAGCGCAGACUGCUUCGUUGUUAGCCGAAGGUGUGAAACAGGUGUCAUCGAUGGUGAGACCACAGAACAGCGAGCAGGCGUUCAGUCUGUGGGCUUGGGAGAUGGUGAAUAGACUGAGGCUUCAUCAGUUGGAUCAAUCGGAAGCCGUGUGUCGGCACACCAUAUCGAACCCGGCCGAGGGUCUCGCUAACGUGCCCAACAUGGAAUCCGACUCUUUCCUAGACAUCUUGAUGAGAGGAGUGCGCGAGAAGCAGCCAAUCGCUUGCUAUGUCUCCAUGCUAAUGACCCUGUGGGGCCAUUCAGUGCCAUUGAUCUGUGUUGAGGGCUUCAGCCAGCUGCAGACUCUGCAGUGCUACUACAAAUACGAGCAGGUGCUGGUGUGCCUAUACCGCACGGUGCCGUUGUUUCUCGAUUGUCCAGAAUCGUUGCUGAAGAACGACAAGUUUGUCAGUCUGAUAGUACCACUUAUUACUGCCGACCGCACGUACAUGAAGAUGGCGAAGAACCUGAUCGCCCCGGAGUUCCCCGGACCGAUCCUUAAACAGUUUGCCUAUAUGAUAGAGUCGCAUCUGCACCAUUACAAACGAUAUUGUUUGUACAGUCCAGAACGUUUCGUACACUUAUGGCUGAACGUACUGAUAUUGGUCCAGGAUUGGAAUAAAGACCAUAGUGUGAUGUAUCUGAUGGAUACCGUGAUUCGUGCGGCGUUCUUUCAUCUAGACACCAGAGCGACGAUGAGGAACAUGUUUCAAAAUCUCUUUUGCAAUAUAGCGUCGAAUCGGACACCAGGAUCAUUCGGAUCCUUCCUGAGCUGGGCAACAGGAUCCUCUAACUCGGCAAGCCUCCUCGGCGGAACCGUCCAGGCGAUAUGGCUCGCGCAUCAGGUCUUGUUGGCGGAAGAGUACGACAGGGAGAUGAAAACCGGGCUUUGGCGCGAGAUCCUGCGAGAACUGUCCAUACAGUCCAAGAUAUCUUUGGACACUGCGCUCAAGAGAGCUUGUGCGACGGUGAAAGUGACACCAUUUGGAGUGAGUCACUUAGCUAUCUACCGCUGGUCCCAGCAGGCCCUCGACACACCUAUGGAUCAUCCACUUCUGCCUCUCUUGUGGCAAAACUUCUUCAGUUUAUUCCUCGCACGAAUUCCUACAAUCGCCGGAUCCACGGGUCAGGGCGGAGUCGGGGAAAAUUUCUUCGAGGGGAUGAUGAAUCUGAGCUAUAUGAAGAAGUUGAAGAAACGUCUGCAUGAGACGACGGAACAUUUCCAAUUGAAAGGGGAGAAGGACACAGACAACGGGAAACCGAUGACAGAUGAACGGCGUAUAUUUUACUUCAGUGUCGCAAAGUUCUACAAAACAUUGAGCCUUUGGUUGGAGGAACCUCGUCUUCAGGAGCCGGCGUGUUAUUUCCCAGCUCUGCCACCGCAAUAUAUGCCGCAGAGACUGAUCUCGCUGGUGCAGGGAGACCGAGCGCCCUGGCUUGAAUACGUCGAUCACUGGACAGUGGAACAGAGUCAGUUGAAGGCUGUCUUCGAGUGGGAACGAGCAACAUUCCGCGACCCUGAAAAUCACCUGAGAUAUUCCCAGUCUCCAAACGCCACGGAAGCGGUCGACCCUCUUCGCCGGAUAUUCCGGCGAUUGGGCUCCUACGAAUCACCAGUGCCACCGCCAGCCCUCAGUCGCAACCAACCGGUGCUGGGCUGCGUGGCUCGAGAAAGUCUCUACAACGUCACAGCAGUGAUUGAUCUCGUCAAGCCGCACCUCAGGGUCGUUCUGGACUACGCGCAGACAUACAACUUGAUGGUUUCCGAGCACACCGCGGUGGACUGCAGCUUCCUGGAGCUGGUGCCGACGCUCUAUCGAAUCUUCGAGAAUCAGGUGACUCUGCACGCUCUCUGCGACCCCGCGCCGCCGGGUCAGAGGCGCUCCAGAUCAGGCACACCACCCACAGUGCACUGUGCGGGUCCUGCGAUCAUCAGGAUCAAGGUUGCAGAGGCUCAUGUCAACGAAGGUGUGGAUCACAUGAUAACCCAGAAUCGGGCAGAGUAUGAGAAUUUGUUGGUGAAAGCCAGUCAACCGCCGCCUAGCAAAGUCACUCUGGGCUGUGUUUUCAUCGAUCAUUUGAUCGCAAUGCUGGAGCACGAAUUAACCGUCAGUCGCACCAACGAGAACGGCGCGGUGUUGCAAAAGGUGCAAGAGAGCGGAGUCGAGCUGUUUUACUACCUGGUGGAUUCCUACACGGAAGAAGCAGCGUUGUGCCCACCUACAAAACAGCUUAUUACUACUUGCUUGGAGAAGUUGGGCCGGUUAUUCAUCAGUGGAGAGGAGAUUCGAGGCCCGCAAUUAUUAAGCACGAUCAUACAAAGGCCGAAUCUCGGUGGCCUGUUGGGCCCACACUUCACACCCGUCGCCGGAGGAGCUUCCACAUUCUUGCAGAUGUAUCAGACUGUCGUAGAGCUGGCUAGUGGCUUGAACGUCGACUUGUGCUUUGUGUUGCUCUCGAAAUUCGACGUAGGCAGCUGGUUGAACUAUCGCCGUCCGCGAUUGAGCGAGAGGUCCACUUUUAUAGAUUUAAUUUCCAAAGCAUUGUGCAACAUCGGUCUGAAUCCCGAGGAGGAGAAGCUAAUGCUACACGAACUCUUCCGGAAUCACCUACGUCUCAUCCUUUUGCACGAGUUCCCCGAGCACUACGGCGAGGUGUUGAGUGCAGUGUUGAGAGGAUCCGAGAGUCAGAAUUUGUCUCUGGACGUGUGGCGCGAUUUGCUGGGAGCUCUCAGCGGAAAACCGAAGAGCAGCGCGCCCAUACAUCCGUCAAAGAUCAGAGACGAGGUCAGGCAUUACGCGACGGAACAGAGACUGUUAUCUCGCCAAGAGAUGCACGAUACCGCUGUGCUUUUGAGCCGACACUUCAUGAAGGAGAGGCUGCAGUACGGGCUAUACGGGCUCUAUCCGAAAUACAGGGUUUACAACGAGCCGUUAACCAUAUUUCUGGGUAUGGUCGGUCACGCCCUAGUCGUGCUGACUCUUCAAGCUGAUCGAGGGUCGCUCGCUGAUCAACUGUGCGAGAAGAUUUGGCCAGUGUUGAGCGAGAUGUACGCACCGUGGAUCACUCCGUACUGGACGAGGAACCUGCGUGAGCCGACAGCGGCGUGGAUUCAGCAGCUGACGGACGACCGAUCGGUGCUACUGCCAUGGAUCAUCACCGACGGUCCUUACGCGAAUCGGACGAUGGCGAUGUUCGCGGAAUGCGUCCGCUUCAUCGUCGACACUAUGCCAGCGUCCAGCAAGAUCCUCAGCUUUGUGUGGCAAUUCUACGUAACAAACUACGCGCACGCGUCCGUCAAGGAACACGUGCUGAACGUGGUACACGGUAACUUCCUCUCUCUGCCGUGGGAUCGCUUUUACCCCAGCGCCAACGACGUUGACUUGAUGAUCAAGGUUGUCGAUCAAUAUCUGCCAGACUGCCACCUGUUCCUCGGCAGUGUUUUCACUUGCGUUAAUUGGUCCGUCUGGGUCAGCGAGUUAAUGGCCAUACAGUCAAUGCCAGUCGCCGCCAGGAUGCACGUCUGCCUGUUGAACCUGUUGGUGAAACUGUCCAAUGAACCUAAUGUCAGGCAGAACGAGAAAGCGGUGCAGCUAGUUGCCGAGUCCGAAUGCUUCUCCUGGCACUUGAUCGAUGCUGCAGCGUACGAUCAAGUGAUUAAUUGGCACGUGAUGAGCUGCGAUCCCAGGGUAAUUCUUUGCCUGGAGGUGGACUAUACUCAUCCCAUUGACACGGCUGUGAACAGUUUGCUAAAAAUAGCGGCGGGCUAUGAUCCCACGGUGAAGUAUUUUCAUCCCACUACCCUGAAGAAGAGGCAGAUGUACGUGCGCUCUUCGGUCAAAUUGUUGAUCAACUGCACCACGAGACACAAGUCUCUUCUUUCGACCAACAGCAAAGCGUUCAACGUUGCGUUGUCGCGAAUGCUCGACGACAUGGAGAUCGUUAUCACUAGUACCGUCUCCGAGUCGCAACAGGUUGCCGAAGCCGGUCUACUAAUCACCGAGUUCUUGCACUCGAUGAAUCAGAGCACGGCGUUGAGCGAGCAUUUCCGUACGAGUUGGACAGCGUGGCUGCUGGAGCGAACAGCCAGCAGUCCAGUGCUGAUGGGAGUGCUGAGGGUGAUCGGGAUUGCGGUUGCUUCCUCGUCCAUCCUGGGCCAUCUUAUGGAGGCAGCCUUGGAGGCGUACUUCAAGUAUAACGUAACGGACGACGUUCGGCCUACAUGGGCGGCGGUGCUGAUGGUGUUGCAGUCCGUAGUACCUCGUCAGCCGCCGUUGGAAUCUAUACUAGUGUCAGAAGGUAGAUUGUUAGCUCUCUAUUCCGUAUUGCUGAAGAGACUUCCGUCCUGUCAGGAUAUCCGAGAAGAAGGCAUGCUUCUGAUCAAUCUGGUGGAUUGGAUCAGUGCCAUUAAAACCACGGAUAUCGCGGAGGAGAAAUUGCCUCUGUUAUGGGCGAAGGCAUGCGAGCUGGCCUACAGGCAGUGUCAGUACAGCGAGAAUACAGUGAUAGCUGCCAGAGCACUGAAGGGGCUGUCACGAGCGUUGCUGACGGUAGCGGAUGACGCGGGACAAGGAUGGGGCAUCCUGGGCGCUAUCGGACUGAGGAAAGGUUCUCAGCUCACCGUACGGUGCAAGUUCCUAAGUCGCGCUACGGCUGUCUACUGCCUGGCGCAGUUACCAGAAUCCAAGUCCGACCAACAAUUAGUGAGAUAUACUCCGCACUCGCCCGGUGUAGCGCCCACGAGGUCGACUGAUCCGGACGCGAUGGAGAUUCGACCGAGUGUGGAGGCUGUGAAGGCGAUGCAGAGUUUGGAGGGGCUGCUGUUGAACAAGCAGUACGCAGAGCUGCGUGGUGACGUGGAGAGGGCCGUCCGACUCGUCAGGGACUCGGCCAACUCACUUCACAACGCCGUCGAGGUCGUCGGCUCCCUCACCACAGAGCUCUACAAUCAAAGAUACCUGCACGUGCUGACAGAGUGAUAAUAGUUUUACGUAGACUUAAUGACGAGCUGUUGAUGAGAGCGUUUCGAAUCACUUUAACUAAACGCAUGACGCGAGUGUUUCGUGUUACAUUUCAAGUGUUAUCGGAAAGGAUUCCUCGAGGUCUCGAUACGAUCAGACAGAUGUCUCGGCAGAUUUAAAAGUUUGACGAUUCUCAGAGAAAUAGUCUUUCGAAAUGUUUCAAAAUGCAUGAAAUAUUCCUGACCUCUCGAUUUCGACGAGACGCUUGAAAUGACGCGAAACUUCAGGGUAAUUGAAUCACUACUGACUGAAAAUAAAAUAUAUAUGUUCGUCACUAUGUAGAUCUCAUCAAACGAUCACGUUUAAAUUGAAUGCCUAAUAUCUUUAACGAAAUUAAAGAUUGACGCGAUUGCGUUAUAAUUGUGUAUUCAUAUCCGGUGUCAAUAACAUAUAUUGAGUCAAAAUGACUCGCUUGCUUACUUGUAGCGAUAUUCAAUUAACAGUUCUUAUCUUCAAUGCACAAUGGCGCAGUCUUCAAGGCGCAUAAUGGGAAUUUAUGUAUCUAUUUUGCCUUCUUAUUGUAUAAAUCUUUCAGAGAUUUAGAUCAAUAUGUGGUCAGGCGAGAUGCUUUUUCUCCAACUUUGACGUUUCAUUUGCUCGCCUUACUUAAUCUUUCUUUUAUUGCAGUAUAUAAAAAUAUUUUUAUUUAAUAAGUAUUGACAAAUAUUUUAUAAAAAUAUUACAAAUCUUUUUAUAUACCGCAUUUACAUAUUAAGUGUACAACUUAAUCGUCGAUCCCUACAUUUAAUCAACGCCUACAGCACAUAUUCAAAUUUAAAUGCUUUUCCCGCAAUUCUUCUUCCGAAGCGGAUUUUGUCAGUUAUUUAAAAGAUGGCAAAGCAUGUAGAGAGUAACGGAAACUAUUUCAAAGGUUGAGAGAUUAUUCAUUUUUUUGUAAAUAAACAAUAUAUUUUCUUUAAAAAGACCGAGAAUUAAGUUGUACAUCUAAUAACUUCUGUGCAUUCAAUUUAAACACGAUUAUAUAUAUAUAUAUAUAUAUAUAUGGAUUGUCAUUAGCGAUAAAAUGAGUAAUAUAUAGUUAUUUAUGUAAUAUAAAAUUUAUUAUGCACUCGCGCCGCUCCCAAACACAAUUCGCAUAAUCGAUGAUUUGUUACUGAUGUUACAGAAAUUAUGUGUUCAAUUAAUUUCUGUGUAAAUCGCAUUAGAGUUUUGGCAAUACAAUUAACAGAUCAAGGUUAAUAUUUUUCAAUCGCACAAGCACAAUAAUUGUUAAAAAGAAAAUAUCAAUUAACAAAUAAAUCUAAUUGAAUUUGUUGACCGAA